CCACUCUUUCUUAAAUCCCUAUUUUUUUCCCUCUCUCCCAAAACCCUAAUUUUUCUCCAUCUCACCAUCCACUACCAUCUAAAUUUCCAUUUCUUAUCCUUCACAACACCCAGCCUCUCCAUCUACAACUUUCAAAAUUUUCUUCAUAUUGUCUCCUCCCUCCCAAUCUGUAUAAACGACUAGCAGUGAAAUAAAAGGGGGCAGAAGAAAAGGAGUGAAAGGGGAGAAUAGUGUGAUACUAAGAGCGGGGAUUUUGUGAAAGCUUCAACUGCUUCAUUUGUUUCGUUGCUGGGGAGAACCAUAGUGAAAGGAGUUCAGAUCUUAUAGUCAUCACUUUGGCCUUAUGAAGGGCAUACGCAUGAAGAAAAGAUUGAAACACAUGGUGGAGCCGGAUAAAAAUUGCCAGACUGGGAUUGAAGAUGUUGCUUGGCUUUGCUCCCUUCAAGAGUCUGAGAUUGACAUGCUGGUUGGCUUGAAAUUGUUGAUCAUUCAGCGUGCAAAAAUGAUAGGUUGCAAGCAGAUGGCUGAUAAAUUCAACCUCAAAAUGAUUCGAGCCAUUGCAUUUGUUUUGAUGGAACAUCUAAAGUCACAGAUAAAGGAAUCAUCAGUUAUAUCUAAUGCAGUAAGAUCAGCUUCAAUUUUAGAUGCUUGCAACCUAUUGAAAUGUAGCAAUGAGGUUAAUGCAAAUAUUGAAGAGCUAAAUACAAGUCUUGGUGCUGAUAUACUAACAUUUAUUGAAAGUCCACCAACAUCCAAGCGAAAGAAGCAAAAAGUUGAAAGUGAUGAAUGAAAGGUUUUGCAGUUAUUGGAGGACCUAAAAUUUCUAGCAUAUCUUGAUUUAAUUUUUGCUUUGGAAGCUCUCUUUUAAAUUUUCUCCCCAACUCUUGAAUUUGCAUACAAGAGUAAUUAAUUAGUCUGCUCAUAAUGUCAGUUGGGGAUUUUGUCAUUUCUAAAAUGUAAUUUUAAAUACUCCUUAAUUUUUAUAGUGCAAGAAAUUUUUGUAAUGCAUUAACUAAA